GCGAAGCCCAUCCAGCUGCAGGGCCCGAAGGAGUACGUGAAGCAUGCAGCUUGUUGGGUGGGGCUCUGGGAGCGGCUGGGCGACCUCGGCGAUCGCGCUGGGGCGUUCCUCGAGGCGGCCCUGCUGGCGCCGCUGUCCGCGAGCGAGCGCGAGGUGGCGAAGGCCGACCUGGCGGUGCUCAGGACCUUCGACCGCGUCCGCCGCUCGGCGACGUCUGGCUGGUCAUCCUAG